AUGGAUGAAAAUCAAGCUCCAGAAGCCAACAAUCCAGCACCAGUCCAGGCUGUUGUCGAUUUGAACAGUGUUUUCUAUAUGCAUCCAUCUGAAAGUGCUGGAUCUGCAAUUAUUCCAGUGAUUUUUGAUGGAUCUGGCUAUCGAUCCUGGAGACGAGGUGUUCUUCGAGCACUAUCUGUCAAAAACAAAACAGGUUUCAUCAAUGGCAAGGUUGAUAAGCCGUCUCCAAAUUCAGCACUCCUCACUCAAUGGGAGAGAUGUGCCGAUAUGGUCACUUCAUGGAUUCUAAACUCACUUUCAAAGGACAUUGGGGAUAGUCUUCAAUAUGUUAAUAAUGCUAGGGAACUCUGGGUGGAACUAGAGGAUAGGUAUGAUCAGCCUAAUGGUGCAAAAUUGUAUCAACUCCAACGUGAGAUCAAUGAUCUUAGCCAAGGCAACCUCGAUGUCACUGGAUAUUACACUCAACUCAAGAGGCUAUGGGAGAAACUGAGCACUUUGGAUACAAGUUGUCAGUGUACCUGUUUAUGCAUUUGUGGAGGAAAGGUGAAAAUGCACAAGGCUGAACAAGACAGGAGGCUUAUUCAGUUCCUCAUGGGGUUAAAUGAGGCUUUCACAAUAGUGAGAGGAAGUAUCCUGAUGAUGAAUCCACUGCCUACUAUGGCUCAGGCAUUUUCUAUUCUUGUCCAGGAAGAGAGGCAAAGAGAAGUCAAACCCUACAACAAAUUCAACAUGGAAUCAACAUCCCUUCAUGUCAAUGCUGCUAGCACUAGCACCAAUUUCAGGACAAACUAUGUCUCAUCAUAUAAGAAUGAUGGAGGCAACAGACCUCCAAAUAGAUCCAACCUAUUUUGUGACUAUUGCAGAAAGCCUGGACACACUAGGAACAAGUGCUACAAACUUCAUGGAUUUCCCCCGGAUUUCAAGUUUACCAAAGGGAAGAAUGCAGGCACAACAGCUAUUGCUCGUGGUUACCCUGAAGACACAAUGAACAAAGAAAAAGGUCCUGUUGAGAGUGCUCAAGGAUCUGUUUAUAAGAGGCAAGGCCAACUUCUUACAAGGCAGCAGUUUGAUCAGUUGAUGCACCUUCUCCAACAUGUUCAAAUUCAAGAAGACAGUAAUACUACAACAGGGAUUGUGAAUGACAACACAGGUGGAGCUGUGAACUUUGCAGACUCAGGGGCCACACACCACAUGACCUUCAACAAAUCCUUACUUACAAAUAUAAGACACUUACCUUACCCAUUCCUAAUUACUCUACCUAAUGGUUACAAGGUAAAGGUGACUGAGAUUGGUGAUGUAUGCUUGAAUCCAUCACUGACUUUGUGGAAAGGCCCUUCACUGAAGAGCCCUCUGGAGAUUGGUAGAGCAAGGAAUGGACUGUAUUUCCUAUACUCAAAAUGCCACAUUUCUUGUCCUGAUCACACUUCUACUACUCUAAGAAAUGCUACAUCCAUGCCUUCUUCUUCUUCUAGUUUAACUAGUCUUUCUGUUCAUCCAAUUUCUUCUUGUAAGAGUUCAUGUAAUCUUAUGAAUUUCAGUUCUGAUACUCAUAAAGCAAAAUUUGACCCCAGAUCCACACCUCACAUCUUCAUUGGAUACCCUUUCAACAAAAAAGGUUACAAAGUCCUUGAUAUAUGCACUAAGAAGAUGCAUGUUUCCAGGGAUGUGGUUUUUUAUGAAAAUGUCUUUCCUUUUGCAUCUUGUGAUUCUGAGUCUCCUGAGUCUGAUACAAGUUUUUCCACUAUAUUAAAGAAAUUCACCUCUGCUUCAAAUGCAUUGAGCUCAACUAAUAAUUAUAAUAAUAUUUUUGACAAUAGUGAUGUUUUGGAUGAUAGCACCACCUCAAAUGUCAUCUUACCUGAACCUGCCUCACCACCUGCACCUGUCUCACCACCUGAAACACUACCAACUGAUCAACCAUCAAAUGAACAAUUAUCAAGAACUCUCAUUUUGCCAAAAACCACCACUCAUCAAAACCAAUUAUCAAACACCAGAAAAUCCAGCAGACCACAUGUUGUUCCUGCUUAUUUGAAAGAAUAUGACUACUCCCUACCUUCCUCAACACACCACUCUUCCCCUACAAAUCAUUAUUCACUCACAAGUUUCAACUAA